AUGGCAACAGAGCAUGGCUCUCGGCGGAUUCCUGGCCUCCAGAAGACCCCUGAAGGAGUUGUAUCUCCCGGGAGUGCUACUGAGGGCCCCACCUUGACCAGAAGAAGGAGCAAGAAGGAGAGGCAACUGCCAGGGUCCCAGAAGGCCAGUUCUGGGAAGCAGUCCUCUGGCCAAGGCUCCGAGGCCUCAGGAAGCAGCAAGAACCCCCCAAAGACCAAAGCGGGACAGGGUGAGCCACCUUCAGCACCGCCCAGGCAAGCCUCUCACCGACAGUCCCACCGACAUCGUUCUGACCCCCAGCAGGAUGCUGCCCAAAGGACUUAUGGGCCCCUGCUCAACCGCAUCUUCGGAAAGGAUCGGGAACUGGGUCCUGAGGAGCUCGAGGAGCUGCAGGCUGCCUUUGAGGAGUUUGACACUGACCAGGAUGGCUGCAUCGGCUACCGGGAGCUGGGUGACUGCAUGCGGACACUGGGCUACAUGCCCACGGAGAUGGAGCUCCUGGAAGUGUCACAGCACGUGAAGAUGCGCAUGGGCGGCUUUGUGGAUUUUGAAGAGUUUGUGGAGCUGAUCAGCCCAAAGCUGAGGGAGGAGACAGCUCACAUGUUGGGUGUACGAGAGCUGCGCAUAGCCUUCCGAGAGUUUGACAAGGACAGGGAUGGACUGAUCACAGUGGCAGAGCUGCGACAGGCAGCGCCAGCUCUGCUGGGGGAACCACUAGAGGGCACUGAGCUGGAUGAGAUGUUGCGAGACAUGGACCUCAAUGGGGAUGGCACCAUAGACUUUGACGAAUUUGUAAUGAUGCUAUCUACUGGCUGA